AAAAUUAAAUAUCUCGAUUAUAUUUAAACAUGUACAUGUAUACGUUAAUUAAGUGAUCUAUAAUACGGACAAUACAGGCUGUUAUCACCAUGAACUGUCACAGUUUAUUACCAAAAUGACUGCCGAGCAUACCCUUGGUAAACAUUUCAGAUUGAAUGAUGGGAAUGUUAUUCCUCUGGUAGGACUUGGCACCUCUAGGAUUUUACCAAAUGAAACGAUUUCUGUGAUCACUACUGCUAUUGAUAUUGGUUACCGUCACUUUGAUACGUCAGAGUUCUACAAAAAUACAACACAGUUAGGCGACGGUCUACGACAAGUUUUACUUUCAGGAAAGGUCAACAGAGAUGACCUUUUCAUCACAGCGAAGCUAGCUCCAUGUUAUGAGGCCUUUGGCGACAUAGAAACUUCACUGAAAGAGUUUCUAUCACUAUUGCAGCUAAAAUAUGUUGACCUGUGUCUUCUGCACUUUCCAAUACAGUUUAAGAAAGGGGCUACAAAGUGUAACGACCACACACAGCUUGGAGAAUAUAUAAAUGGAAAGUGUGACCAUGUACAGCUGUGGAAAGAAAUGGAAGACAUCGUUGUCAAGGGGUUAUCAAUGUCUAUUGGAGUCUCUAAUUUUAAUCAACAUCAAAUACAAAACAUCAUGCAGACAUGUAAAAUAUCUCCAGCUGUUCUACAGACAGAAUGUCAUGCGUAUCUACAAGUAAAAGAUCUUGUAAAGUUUUGCCAAGAUGAAGGAAUAUUUAUAACUGCAUUUGCGCCAUUUGGAUCGCCUGGACUAUCGACGUAUAAACCUUGCUACAAAGAAUGUGAUAUUCUCAAAGACGAAGUGGUAUUAGAUCUUGUUAGAAAGUAUGAUCGGACACCUGCACAGAUUCUUUUACGGCACCUUAUUCAGCGUGGUAUUGGAGUGAUUCCAAAGAGUUCUAAUGCUGUUAGAUUGACAGAGAAUAUAAAUAAAACAGUAAAACAACGUGACGCUACGAUUCAUUGGGGUGAAUAUUUAAAUGGAAGAUGUGAUCAUGAGCAACUAUGGAAAGAAAUGGAAGAUGCAGUUAAAAUUGGUCUAACACAAUCUAUAGGCUUGUCUAACUUUAAUCAACAACAAAUAGAGAAUGUAUUACAGAAAUGUAAAAUACCUCCUGCUGUUCUACAGACAGAAUGUCAUGCUCAUUUACAAAUGACAGACCUUGUCAAAUUUUGCCAGGAUAAGGACAUAUUUGUUACAGCCUUCGCACCACUGGGAUCUCCUGGUCUUUCUAUGCAUAAAUCUAAAUAUGGAGCAAACUUCAAAUAUUUUACAAGCCUAGGAAACAGUAACCAGCCGUGUGAUAUAUACCAUGAAAGUAUAGUGCUUGAUUUAGCAAAACAGCGUGAGAGAACACCAGCGCAGAUUCUUUUACGGCAUCUCAUCCAACGUGGUAUAGGAGUUCUCCCAAAAAGUUCUAACCCGGAAAGAUUAAAGGAAAAUAUAAAUAUCUUCGAUUUUGAACUGACAAAAUGUGACAUGGAUUCAAUGAAGAAGUUGGAAAAAGGUCGACGAAUAUUUUCCUUUGGUUUUCUGAAAGAACAUCCACAGUAUCCGUUUACAGAAACAUAAAAUAACUGCGUGUUGCUAAGAGGGAAAAUAAGUCAAAAAGAUAGACUUUUAACAAAAAGUUAGAUUAAGGUUACAUGUUUAUUCUCUUAUAGUUUUUGUUGUAUAAAUAUACUUAAAUAUACUUAUAGACUGAACUACAUGGAAAUGAUUUUUGUUCAAACCGAUAACUUAUAAAUGAAUUUCUAUAUCUUAUAUUGUAUUUUUUUUUAUCAAUUUAAAUGUGUAAUAUAAUAUCAAAAUAGGUAAUUUUGAGUCAAUUGAAUCAAAAGCAAAGAACUUAUCAACAUCGAGGGUCUUCGUAUGCUGCCUCGUGAAAACUAUUUUUUAUAAUGAACUCCUCUUCCAAUUCUUCAUUGUUCAUAAACAUUAUGUGUAAUCUGUCAUUUGUCAAUUUCUUCCAUGUUAGAUUAACCUGACUAAAAAGGCAAAUAAGGGAUAUUGCCGUUUUUGAUAAUUUGUUAUCGCUUUCCGUUGUAAGUUGUUCGUCGUCGUAGUCGUUCGUUAUGCAUUUGCUUUUAUAAAACUUGGUAAAGAGUUUUGACCUCUAGGUAUAUAUAUAACAAGUUUAAGUUGCGCAUGCCAAACUACUUAAACUCACAAAGCUUAAUUCUCUGUUCGUGCGAUGUUUAUUGUCAUAAAAAACGAAAUUAGAAACUAUAGAUGAUUAUGUGAUCUUCAACCAUAAGCAAAACCCAUGCCUUGUUUGAUUUUUGGUUUCUGGUUUUUAUAGAGGAGUCGAUAG